UUUUCCCCCCUCUUUUUCUUCUCUCCCUUUAUUCUCUAUCAUCCUUUUGGAACUUUGUUUCUCCUUACAUUACAACAAUCAAAAGUAAAACAUGGUCUUUCAAUCAAUCACCACAGACUCUAGAGCAGAGUAAGCUAUUUGUUUUAUUUUAAUCUGGUUUACAGAACACCAAGAGGUAAUUCCAGCUAUACAAGGUAGCUCAGCAGUUGUAUCCACAGAUUGCAAAAGAAAUAUAAAAAAGGGUUUGCAUUUAAUUCCCCCUUUAGGAGGUACAAAGAAAUUCCUGACCAAUUUGAUGGGUUAUAAAAAGGCUCAAACACACCCUUCACACUGAAUGAAUAAAUAAGUGACUUAUAAGAAUUUGGGUGAUGCCUUGUUUGUUGUUUUGUACAUGUAGAUUAUGUGCCUAGUGGAGUCUGUACCUCAUAGAUAAUCAAAAAUAGCUGUUUCUAAUGUCUCAUACCCCACCCUCCCUCAUUCUUCUCUAAGAAAGACUGAAUUCUGCCAGGAGGAGGAGGAGGUGAUUAGCCCCAGAGGCUGGCCACUCUGGUCUCUUGAGAGAGAGAAUACUGGGCAAAAACUUUGUCUAUCUGCUUCACUAAAUACUGUUAGUCUAGAGAAAAAAUAUAUUAAGUUCAAGGUCCUAAUUGUUAUCUCUUAAUAGGGAAGGAGUGCUCUUAAGCUCUAAAGCCUUCCCAAAAAACACCAGUUCUACAGUGAGAACUGUAGGGGAGCAAAUAAACCCAUUAACCCAAAUCUUUAACAAAAGAGAAAUCAGAAAAAGUAUGCACAGAAAUAAAUGUACCAGACAAUUCAUGGAGUAAAUGAGCUCUCUCAAGAGGACAGAGAAAUCUUAGCUCAAUUUAAAGUCUCACCCCAAGGGAAAUUCUUUGAAUUUCUAGGGUAUUAAUAUAGGGAUAGGAACAUGAUAUUAUGCCACAGUUCUCUUUUAUUGUCUUGAUUCAGUUUCCCUAAUUAUCCUGACUCAGUUUUCCUAAUUGUUCUUCAAAACCACCCCUCUCUAUCAGAAUAUUUGAUAAAGAUAAAAGAUCUUAUAUUUUAGAAUAACAGAAUGCCUCUCCCCAUCCCAAGCUGCCUCUCCCCAUCUCCGGUGGCUCACCCCACCCUAUCAGAGUCCUGUUCCUGCUCUCAGUAUCCCAAUUCUGCCCCUGCAUCAGUCUAUUUCCUGAGUCUGAGUCAUGUGUAUAUAAGUCAUUGAGAACUGUAAUUGCUGGAUUCUUGGAAAAGAUAGUCUCAUUCAGCCCUGGGACCAAACCAUGGAUCCAUUUGGUCCCAGUAAAUCUCUCCCUUUUAAAUAAAUUAUUAAAUAUUCUCUGAUCUCUAUCUUGCCUCAGUUUCUCCGGCAUUACAAUGAUAGAAACUGCCAGCUCUUCUCUAUGUUGGCUGCUUCCCAGAGUCUUUCCCUCCCUUUGAGGAUCUGAAGUGAAUUUAGAACAAAACUGAAAGCCACAAGACCAGGAUCUCUCCUUUUUGAACUUCACCCCUCAUGCAGACAUAGACCAUAGAGUAAUUGAUUUUCACUAAUGAGAAAAGCCUUUGAGCCAUGAAUUUCAGAAUGAACAAAUAAACAAGCAUUUAUAUAAAAUGAAAAAGCACUUACUAUGUUUAAAGUUCUAUCCUAAGCUCUGAAGAUACGAAUAGAAAAGCAAGACAAUCAUUGCAUGUAAGGAACUCACAUUUUCAGGGAACUCAUAACUUCCAGAGGGCUAGUUCCAGAAAGGAAUGAGCAAAAGUAGGUUUGUGGCAAAAAAUGUGUUUACACUGAGAAACUAUUUCCCUAUGGGCCAAUCCUGGUAGGAAAUUAGCAAAGGUUUGGGGUACAGUCAUUCUUUAUUAGCCUGCUAUGGUUUGGGACUAAUUGUGAUUUUGCUAAUUUUCAGUUCAUUAAAGGGUGGUGAUUAUGCCCCACACCAAGAUCUCCAAUUGAAUUGUAGGUGGAGAUUAUUAUGGGAGAUUCCCCUAUGAAUAGGAGGAUGAAAUUGCUUCUAAAGGUCGGGAGAGGUUGAGAUUUUAGGGUUUUUCCAACUUGGGUCCACCCUCUCCCCAAAGAUCAGGGGGACACAGUUUACAUCAGUAUCAUAAAUUUUCAAUAACCAGGAAUUUAAGAUGUUUUGAUUUGUAAUACAUGGAUCUAUUGGCUAAUAGAUUUUCUAAAAUUAUAACAGGAGUUCUAAAUCGAUUUUGUAUCAGGAACCCUUUUGUCAUCUUUGUCAGAGCCUCUUUCUCUGAAUAAUGUUUUCAAAUGCAUGGAUUUCUCUCUGCCAGGAUUUCUCUACACCCUUUGUUUAUCUCUCUGCCAAGAUUUCUCUGCUAGAAACUUUAUCUCUCUCUGUCAGGACCUUACUACUGAGGAAGUCAGUCUUCCUAGCAAAGGCUGACUUCUCAGUGCCAACUUCUUUUUGCCAGUAUCACUUUUCAGGUUCAUAAAUAAAUUCUUUUAUGAAGGACUUGCGCCAACCAGAAAGGGUUCCCACAACUCUCUGCACUGCGCCAAACCUCAUCAUUUGAUUCCCCAACCGGGAUCCGAACCUCAUCCUUACAACAUACUUAUAAUCACAAAGAAAACCAAUUAUGUUGAAAUUAAAGUAUGGUUGUUUUCCCAUCCAAGUUCAAAAUCUAUUCAUAGUCAGGUUCUACUGACCAGAAACUAUGAAUUAAUAUUCUACAACAGGAACCUGCUUUUACAUAAAACUUUAGGGUUUGCAAAUUGCUUUCCAUAGGCUAUCUCAUUUGGUUCCCAUAACUAUCCUGUGAAGUGGGUGGUGUAGCAAAAUAAAAGGCAAUUUAGGCCAACAGAAGUGGCCACACAAAAAUACAGAUAGGAGGGCAGCAAGAUGGCGCGGCGCACAGAAUACAGGCCAGGUGUCAGGAGAAUCUGAGUUCAAAAGCGACCCCAGACACCUAACAUUCCCUAGCUGUGUGACCCCGGGCAAGUCACUUAAACCCAAGUGCCGGUAAAAAAAAACCAAAGUGUGCACACCCCCCCAAUACAUAUAUGGCUAAUGUAGCAUAGGCUAUAAAUAUACUGUUGUCAUAGUAAUACUACUAAGAAAAAUUUGCAUUUAAUGUAAGGUUUCCGAGUAAUGAUUUUGACAUUCACAGUAGAAAGCACGAUUUCUCUUUUACAAUGAAAACCUGAGGCAGAAUAAGUUAAAAGACUGGCCCAGGGUCACACAGAGAAAACCUUUCUCCUCCCACUACCGAUGUUCCAAGCCCCGCCCCCUCCCUAGAAAGCGAAAGUCGGUUCCUAGGAAACAUUGGUCAACGCGCGGGCAAGAACGCCAUGCGCAGGCGCAAAACUGAUGCGCUCGGUCUGUGGAGCUAAGUGGCGCUAGUUUUUUCGUUUACGGAAGUGACGUCAGUCGCUGUGGGUGAAGACCCGGAACCGGCGGCGUAGCAUUCUGUGAGUACCGUCGCUGCCCGAGCCUCCGCUAUGAGCUGCACCAUCGAGAAAAUCUUGACCGACGCGAAGACGCUUCUGGAGCGACUACGGGAGCACGACGCGGCCGCCGAGUCUCUGGUGGAUCAGUCGGCCGCCCUACAUCGGCGGGUGGCCGCGAUGAGGGAGGCGGGCGCCGCGCUGCCGGACCAGUACCCGGAGGAUGCGGCGGAACUGAAAGACGCGUCCAAAUACAAGCCGCACAUCCUGCUGUCCCAGGAGAACACGCAGAUCCGGGAGCUGCAGCAGGAGAACCGAGAAUUGUGGAUUUCCUUGGAGGAACACCAGGAUGCUUUGGAACUCAUCAUGAGCAAGUAUAGGAAACAGAUGCUACAAUUAAUGAUUGCUAAAAAAGCAGUGGAUGCUGAACCUGUCUUGAAAGCACACCAGUCUCAUUCUUUAGAAAUUGAAAGUCAGAUUGAUAGAAUCUGUGAAAUGGGAGAAGUAAUGAGGAAAGCUGUUCAGGUGGAUGACGACCAGUUUUGUAAGGUUCAGGAAAAACUAGCUCAACUAGAGCUUGAAAACAAGGAGCUUCGGGAACUGUUGUCCAUCAGUAGUGAGUCUCUCCAGGUGAGGAAGGAAGACUCAAUGGAGAGUGCUUCCCAAGUCACCAAAUAAUGCUCACCUUUUGAACAACUGCUGGAGAGUACCCUGAAGGGAAGGGAAUUGGUAGUUAUUUGCUCUGUGUGUGUUGUCUGUUCAUUGUCAUCUUCCUGCCUCAGGUUUGAUAUGGGGCCCAAGGUACCAGGUGGCAGCUUGAUUGCUUGUCAAAGUCUACUUCUUACAAAUAUUCUUAUAUGUCGGUGAAGGCAUUAUGACUUUCAUUGAGCUGUCUCCACUUCUUUUUCCAGGAGAUGACUUUUGCUUCACUUUUCAUUUUGGGACCUCAGUUUUUCCAAACUAUGUUUCCAUCUUAGUUUUUUUUUUCAUAGCUCCAACAAGUAGAGCAUUUCAUUAUGAGCCAUCAUAAUUAUUUUUAAGUUAGUGAAAUGGAAUUCCAAACAAAGUAUGACAAUUCAGAGCUAUUUGGUUUGGAAAUAGAGUAAAUAGAGCAAAACUAGCAUUUUAUCUUUUUGUAGUACCAUUUAAUUUCCCUAAUGUUUUAAAACUCUUUGGUGCUAGGAAUUGGGGCUUUGUGACCUAGUGUCCUCACUCUUAUUUUGAGAGUACCUAUUAUAGCCAAUCUCAAGAAAACAUACUUGAAAAUUAUAGUCUAUUGUGUCAGAGAUAGUAAAAUUGUUAUGUGAUUAAAGCCAUGGUGUUUUUUUUUUUUAAUCUUAUAUUUCACAUUGUACUCAGUUCAAAGGCUUAAAGUAUUUUUUUCCCUAACAACUGUGUAAAGUCUAUUUUUUAACCUUGUCUGCCUAAAAUUUUUGAUCUGUUGGAAGUCAGCCAGCUAUCUUUAAGGCAUCUCUCAAUGUCCAGUUUUUAAUAACUUUUUAAAAAAAUUGACUACAGGUGUGGUUCUAUAAGUUCCCACCUUUCACAUGAAUUGACAGGAGUUCUCCACAUUCCUGUUUUGCCGUUUUCACCUUGAUGUUUUCCCUAAAAGUUCAGUGGAGAAAAAAUUAUAAAUUCAAAUUCCCAUUUGGGGAGAUUGAUGAUUUCCACUUCAAUUUCAAACACUUAUCCAUCCAUAAAAAUCAUACUUUAGCACAGUGUUGUAUCUUAACAUUUCUUGAGGGUCUCCUGUUAGUUUCUAAACUUGAAGAUCAUUUGAUGCUGUUGCAUAAAUUCUUUGGUUUUAAAGUCACGUUCUUCUACCAUGUUUCAUGGUAAUAUAUUUCUUAUAAAUACUGUCUUAUCUUCCCACCCUGUAGUUGCCACUGUCCUUAUCACAUCUUACUCCCAAGAUUGUUCUUGGGAAUUUAACUCACCUUUAGGAAGCAGUAUUCAAACAGCUUUGAAAUUCAGCUCAAGAAGUCCAGCCUUCAUAAACACUCAGCAUAACUUUGUGUCACAGAGAGUACAUCAUCUGAAAGAGCUUAUUGUGAAGUGUUUUGUGAUAGGUUUCUUUUGCACAAUCACAAAGAAUUUUAUUGCUAUCAUUAGAGCACUUUACCUUCAGCUCCAAGAUCAAAAUAUCCCCCAAAAGUCACGUGUUUCUGAGUCCCAGUGAUGCUAAUUUAUUUUUCCUGUUGAUGGUGUUUAGAGGGACAGACUCAUUUAUGCUUUGAGAACUGGCUAUUCAGUAUCUGAAUACAAUUUUAUUGAAAGCACUAUUGUCCCUUUGUACUGAAUAUGUCUUCUUAUCCAAAAGCAAAUUAAUUUUUAGUCCAACUUUUAUGCCUUAAAGUAUGCCAUUGGUGCCACUUAGAGUCAUACUAAUAGGUAACCCUGCUCUUUCUUUAAUUGACUAUUGUCAUAUUUUAGUGGAAUUGUUCAUUGCCAUAAAGUCAAGUUACUUGUUAAGGUGUUGACAUGGUGUUUACUACACUGUGGUUCUCUGUCAUCUAUCUUUUACUAUUGGAGCCAUUUGAAAUAGCUCUUUACAUCUCAGGUUGAAUAAAUCUGUACAGUGAGUGGUUUAUCCUCCCUCCCCUUUAAAAAAUAAAAUAAAAGUCUUAAAAUGUG